AUGUUUGAAUUAACAUACGAACUGAUCACAGUCGCAGCUUCAAAUCCACACUUCAUCUUUCUAUUCUGCAAUCUGAUCAUCGCCGUUCUGAUUCUUGUUAGCUUGGAACCCACCUCAAAUUCUCACUAUAACUGCACGGCUACUCCAAUUCCUCCUCCACCACCACCCUCCGCCAUUAACGAAAACAAAAGCUUCGAAACCACCACUCUAACAACGCAGCUUCAACCGACGACUACUACCAGUUGCAAUGUUUCCAUAGACGUUAACAAACUGUGGAACAACUGCGGCUUAUAUGUCAAAGACGUCGAUGAGGAAGAACAGGAUGAUGAGCUCAGAAGAAGAGUGGAGGAAUUCAUCGAGAAGAUUAAUAAAGGUUGGAAGGCUGAAAAAUUGCAAUUAUCCAUAGAUCAUUGA